AUGAAGGGCUGGUUGGUGAUGUUACUGGCGCUGCCAGUUAUCGCCGCUCAAGUAAAGAUGAAGGCACCACCGAAUUGUCUACAACCUGUCAAAGUCGGGCCUUGUAUGGCUGCUAUAACCAAUUACUUUUAUAACGUCACUUCCGGUCAGUGCGAGACGUUUACGUUCGGAGGAUGUGCGGGCAAUGCCAAUAGAUUCCAGAGUAAAGAGGAAUGUGAGCGGAGAUGUUCUUGUCACAUGCCGCCUGAUCCCGGCCCUUGUUACGCAAGCACUGAAAGGUGGUACUACAAUGGACAAAAAGGUUGCUGUGAGCGUUUCAUAUUUGGAGGCUGUCAGCCAAAUGGAAAUAAUUUCGUUUCAAAAAGAGCUUGCGAGCAUACGUGUAACUGGAGCGUUCCUGGGAAACAGAAACCAUUAGGCAUAGAAUGGGGGAGUGGUUACGACCGUAAGCUCGGAGAAAUCGUUUACAAGAACUACGGUACUACGUACGGCGGAAGUGGUACGAUUUGGUUGCAUAAUGAGAUAGAGACAAUGAAAUCUGCUCCUACAACAGACAGUCAGAUCAUGGGUAUCAUCACAAGGACGGGAAGGCGGCAAGUGCCAGGAGUACAAACUAAACAGCAUUACAAAAUCAUGAUGAGUGGAGGUCAAGGCCAAGGGAGUAUGUCUGGUGGAGCUGGCGGAAUUGCUGGUAGUGAAAGUAGAGGGAUGGUAAGUGGUGGAAGUGGAGGGAUGAUGAGUUCUGGAGGAGGUGGUGGUAUGAUGAGUUCCGGCGGAGGUGGUGGGAUGAUGACCUCUGGUGGGAUGAUGACCGGCGGAGGUGAUGAUAUGAUGACUUCCGGCAGAGGAGGUGGUGCAAUGAUGAGUUCUGGAGGAAGUGGCGGGAUGAUGACAUCUGGCGGAGGUGGAGGUAUGAUGAGUUCCGGCGGAGGGGCUGGUAUGAUGGGUUCCGGCGGAAGUGGAGGUAUGAUGAGUUCCGGCGGAGGGGCUGGUAUGAUGAGCACUGGUGGGAUGAUGACCGGCGGAGGUGAUGAUAUUAUGACUUCCGGCAGAGGAGGUGGUGCAAUGAUUAGUCCUGGAGGAAGUGGCGGGAUGAUGACAUCUGGCGGAGGUGGAGGUAUGAUGAGUUCCGGCGGAGGGGCUGGUAUGAUGGGUUCCGGCGGAAGUGGAGGUAUGAUGAGUUCCGGCGGAGGGGGUGGUAUGAUGAGCUCUGGUGGAGGAGGGAGAUGGCAGACAGGGGGUGGGCAAGGAGGAGGCCAAGGCUUAACCUACAUCCAAGUCUAA